AUGGCGCCCGCGCUGCGGCUCUUCUGGCCGACGCCGGGCCCCCGCCACCUCGGCGAGGGUGGCCCGCGCGAUUCGUCUCUUCUGGUGGGAUGGUGGCGCGAGUCAAACCGCGCGGGUGGCUCGGUCGACGUCGUCGUGGCUGGCGUCGUCCGCCGCGCCGAGGAUCUGCGCCCCAUCGCGGAGGGCGCGGGGCGUUGGGUCGACGCGCCUCGGUACGAGGGCCUGGGUCCGCCGACGCUCAUCGGCCGAGUCUCGGGCGACGACGGGAAACGUGUCGACGUCCCGAGCGGCUCGAAGGGUGGCCCGUGGAUCGAGGCGUCGCGGCACGACGACGGGAUCCCGAGGAUCGACGCGACGACGAGCGGCGUCGACGCCUCCCGCGUGCUCGUCGUCCUCCACGAUCCCCCGCGACCGCCCAUGCGACGCGUCUCCGUGCGCUCCGUCGCGGCGGGCGCCCGUGCGCGGCCACUCCGAGACGACGAGACCGGGCUCGAGUGGGCGACGAGGGCGAUGGAGUUGGGCGGGAGACUCGAUCGAUCCGAUGGAAGAGACGAGACGACAUCGUCGGGCAUUCGACGACGACAUCGGCAACCACCGUCGGGAUCGUUCGCGGACGUCAUCGGACGGGCGGCGCGUGCGGUGGGGCACGCCGCGGGCGCCGUGGCGCGCGUCCUCGACGCCAAAGUCAUCCCCGGCGUGUUGAACACAGGGCCGGACGCGCACCAGUGGCGGGUCUUUGGGAGGGGGGCCGUAAGAUGGCGCGACGCGUGCGAAGUUUUCGCCGUCUUCGCGGUGGUCCGCUCGCGCGCCCGGUCGGUCGCGCGCUCGUGCCUGGUCGGCGGGCGGGGGGAGGACACGGGUGGGUUAGGGUCGCACGACACCCCCGACGAGGCGUUUGUGCGGAGGUCGGUCGCGGCGAUCGCGGGGUGCGCGGUUCUGAUCGCGUCGGACGUCGCGCUCGGCUUUCUCGUCGCGGACUUUCUGGUUAACAACGUCGACGCCGUCGCGAGCUUCGCGAUGGGAGGUUCGUACGGUUUGGGGACCGGUGACGCGUCGACCAAGGACGGCACCCCGCUGGGCACCCCGCUGGGCACCCCGCUGGGCGGCGCCGUCGUCAGCGCCAACGCGGAGUGGAUCACUCGCGGAUCACCGCUGGGGAUAAAACUCCACGUCCCGCUGGCGACGUUCCUCGCGGAGCUCGCCACGACGAUGGUGGAUUCGCUGUCGGUGGCGAUGCGAACGCGCGGGUGCCGUGCGCUCAUGCGCGGCGUCGUUCGCGUCGUGGCGUGGAGCGGACGGAUCGGGGGUCUCAGCCUGCAAGCGGCGCUCGCCGCGGACGUCACCACCUUCCUCACGACGCACCUCGCGGCGCUGCACGUGUACUCCUCGUUGUUGGUCACGGCUCAGGUCGCCGCCGCGAGACGGCUCUACCUGCUCGUGUCGCCGCCGCGAAAAUCGUUGCCCGAGGAGGACCCGAGGCCCGAGGACAUCGACGAGGACAUCGCGGGGGACAUCACGAUGCACGGCCUGUCUAAGAUGGAGGGACGGGUGUUCGGCACGUUGGCGCUGGCGCCGGUGGCGCUGCUGUUGCCGACGACGGUCGCGUUCUACCUCUCGUACCUGGCGCUGCACGCGCUGACGGUCUUCGCGCGCGCCGCCGCAGUGCUCGUCUCCGCCACGUUGCAGCACCCGCGGAUGGACCUCGUGGCGUUGCGUCUGUGUCAUCCCGACUCGUUCCCGGGGGGCGUGACGAUUGACGCCGUUAGCGGGUCGGGGGGACCGAGGGUCGCGAGGCUGAGGGCUCAGCCGGCGCCGUGGCACGCGCCGCUCGCGCCGUUCGCGGCGGCCGCGGCGGGGUGGACGGGUGGGUUGGUGGGCGCGGUGGCGAGGGCGUGCGGGGGCUUCGGGAGGUUACCAGUCGCGGUGGUGCCGUUCGAGCCGGCGAGGGUGAUUUACUUCGACUGA